GAGAGGGAGAGAGAGAGAGCGCUCAACGCUUGCGCUUUAUUCUCUUCGCUACAAAUUGGAUACUUUGCUGUGCCCCGAGGACGAGGUUGAGGAGAAAGAAAGGGCGGUGUCUGUGAAUGUGAGCGCUCCAUUGCUUCCCCCAUUCUCCCAUUCUCUUUUUUUUCUUCCGUUCAGUGCCCAUAUCGGAGUUUCUGUAUCCAAAAUCUGAUCUUUACCACCCCGCAUUGCGUUAGACUUGUAGCCCGAAGCUUUAAAUCGAAGUCCCAUUUGCGAAAGGAGAGGUUUUUCGUUCCUUUUCCGCUUUGGACUGGAGAGGAUCCUCAGGCUCCUGCUCAGUUCUCGUUGUUUUCCGCGAUAGACCCUCGGGUGAUGUACCUUUGUCGAGGGUGAUAGCCGGCUUUCUCUUUUCCUGCGGCUUCCUAGUUCCCUGAUCCAUCUCCGUGGGAAAAUCUUUCGAAUCGGUCUUUUGUCAUGUAGCACGCAGAAAAAGGGCGGCUUUUGCUGUUCUUCUCCAUUGGGAUCCAAACAAGGCCCAGAUUUCUGAAGGCUUCUAGGUGGGGAGGGGAACCACCUCGCGGCGGCUGCAUGAAGGAGUGCUGAAACAAUGAGAGAUGAGAACUCGAAGAAAAGCAAGCUAUCAUGGUCCAAGACGCUUGUUAGGAAAUGGUUCAACAUCAAGAGCAAGCCUCAGGAUUUCCAUGCGGAUGAUGAUUUAGCUGGAGAAGGAGGUGAUGGGGAAUGGAGGACCAGCUUCACAGAAAGGGAGACAUGCACAGUAAAGAAAAGCAGAACAGAGCGAUUGUACAAGAAGAAUUACGAUCGAGUUUGGCAAGGAAAAUUAGAUGUUGACGCAGCUCAAAGUACAGAUGUUCAGGACUACAAAAUUUUUCUCUCGACAUGGAAUGUAGGUGGGAAGUCUCCACCGAGAAAUUUGAAUCUUGAGGAGUGGAUCCAUGCUUCACCUCCCGCAGACAUAUAUGUUUUGGGAUUUCAAGAGAUCGUUCCUCUCAAUGCUGGAAACGUCCUCGGCGCAGAAGACAACGUUCCAGCAAAGAAAUGGCUGGCGCUUAUUAGAAAAACACUGAGUACUCUUCCUGGCACAUACAGUUGCGGCAGCUAUAGUAUAUCAUCCCCUGUUCCUGAUCCACUUGUGGAACUAGAUGCUGAUUUUGAGGGGUCCUCAACAGGGAAGAAAAAUUCAUCAUUCUUCCACCGGCGUUCAUUCCAUUCCAUGAGCCGUAGUAUGAGUAUUGAUGGUGAUAUCAUGGUAAUGCAACCGAGGUUGGAACGCCGGUUUAGUGUUUGUGAUCCGGUGAGCAUUGUGAGCAGACCAAGUAACUUUGAUCCCAGUUUUAGAUGUGGAGGCUUAUUCGAUGACAAGAAAUUUGGGGGAGAAUCACCUUCUACAGGUUUUUUCUCACCGUUGUCGUGUGCUUAUGGUGAUCCAGCAUACGUGGAGGAACGGGAUAUUUCGUCAUAUCACUCUAGUUCUAGAUAUUGCUUGGUCGCAAGUAAACAGAUGGUUGGCAUAUUUCUCACAGUUUGGGUACGAAGUGAAAUCAGAGGUGACGUGAAGAACUUGAAGGUUUCUUGUGUUGGCAGGGGAUUAAUGGGUUAUCUUGGAAAUAAGGGUUCAAUAUCAAUCAGCAUGUCUUUGCACCAAACUAGCUUCUGCUUCAUCUGUAGUCAUUUGACAUCAGGACAGAAAGAGGGGGAUGAACUACGGAGGAACUCAGAUGUUAUGGAAAUUUUAAGAAAAACUAGAUUCCCUCCGGUGCAUAGAAUAUGUGAUGAGAAGUCUCCCGAAACAAUUCUCGAUCACGAUCGUAUCAUAUGGCUUGGAGAUUUGAACUACCGCAUUGCUCUUUCCUAUCAGUCAGCAAAGGCUCUAGUUGAGAUGCACAACUGGAGAGCACUGUUGGAAAAAGAUCAGCUUCGGAUAGAGCAAAGAUGUGGACGUGUUUUUGAAGGGUGGAAAGAAGGAAGAAUAUUUUUUCCUCCAACUUAUAAAUAUUCAAACAACUCAGACAGAUAUGCAGGGGAUGACAUACACCGAAAAGAGAAGCGGCGGACACCUGCAUGGUGUGACCGAAUACUAUGGUAUGGUAGAGGUCUUACUCAAUUGACUUACUUGCAUGGAGAGUCUAGAUUCUCCGAUCAUAGACCCGUAUACAGCAUUUUCAAUGCAGAGGUUGAAAUUAUCAAUCGCAACCGGUUUAGGAACAUGGGCUGUUCUAGCUCUCGGGUAGAGGUGGAAGAACUCUUGCCUUACUCACAUGGUUUCACAGAACCCGGUUUCUACUGUUGAGGCUGAAAAUAACUGAAUAAAAAUAAAGGUCAUAAAUUUUGUCUUUUAUUGAAGAGUCAGCCAGGCAUGCCAUCAUUACAACUCCUUUUGGCCUUUUCUACGUGACAUCGUGCAUUGUUGAUCACUUCCUGUCAUUAUUGAUUUCUUUUCUCAUCACUGCAGGUUGUUCUGCACUUAUUCGGCCCAAUAAUUAGCUUCAUAAUCUUUCUGUACUCGGCAUCUACCAAGGACAGCAGCAACCACCAGGGAACAGACACUUAGAGAUUAACCCAAAGGAGAAACUAUUUGGUUGCUGAACAUCCAGUCAAAAGUCUUGUUCAAGGACCCCAUUCCAAAAUCAUUUGGCUACUACUAACAACACAAAUUAACCAGCUAAUUCUUUUCUUUCAUUCAAACAAGCAGUCGGACAGUUCAUUAGGUUGAUCAAGGAAGCUGCCCAGAGAACCUGGAUCACUGUGGUACUGUUAAAUAGGUGUCAUCAGAUCUCAAGUUUUGAUCCAUAUUUGUUCUGACUGAGUGUAAGGAAUUUUUGGUAGAGAGGAUUAAGGCAACAAACAACUGUGUGUACAGUUCUUUCUGUUAUACAUGUUGGGAAAAGGGAAGGUGGAGAUCUGAGUUCACUCAUUGCCACAGUGAUAAAGGAAUGUGGCUAUUAUAUGUUUAAAGGUCAUGACAGAUGGUGUUUUCACUGAAAAAGAUGUGCCAUUGAUGAUAUAUAGAUGUUACUUUUUCUUU